UACGAUAUCAGACCAACGUGAUGUCGAAAAAGUCAACAAAGUGAAAUGAAAAUUUGCGAAGUUAUUUGCGUCAGUAUCAGACUAUUAUGAACACUUUGACAACAAAUAAAUAGUGAUUAGUUGUACAAUAUGAAAAAUAUUAAAUGUGUUUAGAUUAAAAGGAUAUAAAUAUAUCGGUGAAGAUUGUGAAAUAGAAUAAGGUUAUAAUGCAAAUUAAUCAAUACCACCGUCAAAGAAAACGAAUUAUGUUAUAAAUCACUUAAAAUGACAGAUUAAGGGGGAAACGGAGCAUCAAUAGUGUCUUGAUAAUUUUUAUAGAUUCAACCGUAACGAUAGAAAUCCCAAAAUGAGGGUCGUUGCAAUGGUCAGUGGUGGCAAAGACAGCUGCUACAAUAUGAUGCAGUGCGUCGCAGAGGGCCAUGAAAUUGUGGCACUAGCUAACCUACACCCAAAAGAUCGCGAUGAAUUAGAUAGCUUUAUGUACCAAACCGUCGGCCACAUGGGCAUUGAGAGUUUGGCGAAAGCAAUGGGUCUACCACUUUAUAGACAAGAAACUAAAGGCAAAAGUACACAAACUGGAAAACAUUAUGUGCCUACAGAUGAUGACGAAGUAGAAGAUUUGUACAGCCUUUUGGAAUUGUGCAAGAAAGAAUUGCAAGUUGAAGCAGUUGCUGUUGGAGCCAUUCUCUCUGACUACCAACGUGUAAGAGUCGAAAAUGUUUGUAGUCGUCUAAAUUUGGUGUCACUGGCGUAUUUGUGGAGGAGAGACCAGACUGAAUUGCUGCAGGAAAUGAUCGAUUGCCAAGUACAUGCCAUUAUAAUAAAAGUAGCUGCGUUAGGUUUAGUUCCUGAUCGUCAUUUGGGCAAAUCUUUGCGUGAAAUACAACCUCACCUACUCAAGAUGCGUGAUAAAUAUGGUUUGAAUGUUUGCGGAGAGGGUGGUGAAUAUGAAACAUUUACUUUAGACUGUCCGUUGUUUAAACAACGAAUUGUAGCUGAGGAUGUUCAAACUAUAAUUAGUUCAGCAGAUCCAGUAUGUCCGGUUGGGUAUAUAAACUUCACCAAAUUGUCGAUGCACUCGAAAGAACCGACUCAAUGCUGUGAUGUUUUUGUAAAAAAAUCUCUGGACUAUAUAAGUGACCUAAACGAAUCGACGUACAGUGACCUCAGUGACCCAGAUCUUAGUGAAACUGAACUAGAAUUGAUAGAGAAAGAGACCCGUUUACGUGAAUCCCUUAGUCAGAAUGAGUUGAUGAUAUCGCGCAGCAAUUCAUUCGGACGCCAUUUGACAACAUCUUCUUCGCCCAUACCGAUUGUGACGAAGAGCGCUAGUGUCGAUGAACCACCGACACCAUCUUCGUUGUUUUCCUCAUCAGCAGCGCUAUGCGCUGCCUCACUACAAACAGCUGCCAACAGCUUUGGCACAGCAUGUCCAUUGGGUAGCAGUACGGCCGCAGUGUGUGGUUCUUUAUCAAUGGGUAUAUCAUCUACCGGUGCCACGGCGGGCAUAUCGACCGCACUGUUAGCACAACCACCCAGUCCAAUGAAAAUAGAACGAGAGUUCCGUCCACUGAAAAAUCAGCCAAUGGCAGCAUUUAAUCAAAAGGGCUGGUUAUGGGUGGCGGGUAUACAAGGCUGCGCUGAAACUUUGGAAGAGGGAAUGCAGCUGGCUAUGCAAUCCUUGGUGGACUUAGCUGUACAGCACAAUUAUGAAUUAACCGAUUACUGUUAUAUUACAAUAUAUAUACGUUCAAUGGCCGAUUAUCCUUUACUGAAUCGUAUUUAUGGUCAAACAAUCAACUUUCAAAAUCCACCCACACGUGUGUGUGUAGAAUGUCCACUACCGGAGGAGUGUCAUGUGAUAUUGGAAGCGAUUGCAUUUCGUACGCCCAUGCGUCGUCGUCCAACAUUGUCGACAAGUGAGACAGAUGGUUAUAAUGAUGAGCACAAUAAUAGCGGUGAAUUGAAACAACGCCAAACUAUGCAUGUACAAGGAAUUUCCCAUUGGGCACCAGCAAAUAUUGGCACUUACAGUCAAUCGACCAGGGUGGGCGAAAUAACAUAUAUAUCUGGUCAAAUUGCGCUCGUUCCUGGUAGUAUGACAAUUAUCGAGGGUGGCAUACGUCCACAAUGCAAGUUGGCUUUACGACAUAUCAGUCGAAUAGCCAAAGCGAUGAAUGCUCAAGGUCAACUACGUGAUGUUGUGCAUGGUAUAUGUUUCCUGACCCAUCCAGCUUUUAUAGCCGAAGCGCGUCGUCAAUGGGAACGACGCACAACAAACGCCAUAAUGGAUUAUAUUGUUGUGCCCGCACUGCCACGAGAGGCGUUGGUGGAAUGGCAAGUCUGGGCACAUACACACAAUGAUCGCUUCGAAUAUGAAGAAACUGGUUGCUCCGUAAGCGAUUAUACCAUCUCUAUACGCCGUCGUUGGAACUAUGAAAAUAAUUGCGCUGCAAUUGUCUGCUAUGUAUCUACAGGUUUAGCCUCAUCCACCACACAGUUGACUCAAUUGAGUGAGGAUAUACUUAGCAACCAUUGCCGUCUAGCACAAAAUCUUAGUGCUGAGAACCUAGACGAAAUACUUACAUAUACAGUCAAUCGUUUGCUCAAAGAUUAUCCGAUCGCUAAACGAAUAGCAGACUCGACACACGUCGAUUCAACGGAUGGCGUUUGUGCUACCGAUGGCAAUUCACAUUCAACUUCUUCAAUAACUAAUAAUAGCCAAAUGAAUAUGAACGCCGCAGGUGGAAAGAAUUCAACUGCCUUUAAUAUACCGGCAAUUCACCUCAAAGUGUUCUAUCAAGUCACUGCUGCACCGUCCGUGGAAUUACUGCUUAAUGCUCUAUACGACUUUCGACUCAAAUGCCAGGAAACCGCCAACAUUGUAUACACAGUUUUGCCCGCCUGUAGUUUACAUAAUUUUAGUACUUUUCUAUCAAUUUGCGGCGUUCGUCAUGAGUAAAAUGGUGUUACUCCUCAAGACUUAUUGUAAUUUAUAAUCUAUCUAUAUAUGUAUGUACACUUAAUUGACCGAAUUUGGUUAUGCCUUUUGCAUUAUAACAACCACAGGCAAAUUUAAAUUUAUUAAUUGUUAAUACAGCAUAAAACAUGCCCCGAAAAUAAUUGGGAAUUAUUGUUGUAGUGUUAGUCCUUAGACAUACAUAUAUAUAUUUAAGUCCAGAUAUUUCCGAUAUUUUUAGUUUCUACUCAAAUGCAAGUUACAAAAGUAGAAAAUCAGCGACCUUUGUUUAGAAUUGAAAAUACUUUGUUGCCAGUUAUUGACUCAAAUUUGUUCUAUAUUAAGUUGAAAGUUUUGUUGGUUAAGUAUGUAAAUUAGUUGGUUUUGUACCGAAUGCAUUUUGUUCCGUCUAUGUUUGGUUAAUAGCUCUUUUUUGUCACCGUGCUUUUGAAGUGGAUGUCUACAAUUUAGAAGCUCCAUAAAAAUUAAUUACGUUUCCGCGUUAAAUAUUCAUUAAAAUUAAAAGGGGGUUAUUAUUAUAUUUUCUUUUUUACUUUUUGUAAGCAUUAUGUGUUUGCUAAGCGUUUAAGUGAUUUAUAGCAUAUUUCUUAACUUAAAGUAAUAUUAAUAAAUAAUUAACAAAUAUAAAAUUAAUGUUAACAAAAACGUCUAUACUUACACAGAAAUUCUUCAUAUAUACAUACAUACAUAAAUACUUAUAAAACUGGACAUCAAAUAUACCAAAUAUUAAAACGAGAUUCUAUAACUCGCAUGUUAAAAUGUAUGUCUUAUUAAAAUUAUAAACUAUUUACUAUUAACUAACUACCCUCAUACCGUUUUUAUUGUUAAGUGCAAAAUGUGCAAAAUCGUAAUUUCACGUCUUUGUGAAUUUGGCGUGUUUACCUAAUUAUACAAUACAUAGCACACUUACAUACAAACGGGAAACCGCAUAAAAUACACUAAUUUAAAUAAUAAAAAUGAAGUCAAUCAUUUAAUGAUAAAACUAACCUUAAAGAAACUAAGAAUUGUUAUCCUUGUUUUUAGUAAUUUGAUAAGCACUAAGUUAAUAAGUGGCAAAACUAAACUAAAUAAAAUAUACAAAAGGUAAUUGCUGAAAGCGAUCAAGUAAA